AUGGCGACUGGGAGCUCUUCUAAAGAGGCUCUUGAGGAAAAUGAAGACCACUAUGUUGAUGCCGAAGAGAAGGGUUUUCUCUCAGAGGAGUCUCAUCCCUCAACGCCGCCCAAGGAGAGAACAAGUCUCGGUCCCAGAUUCUGGCUCAGCGCCGGCAUCAAUACUGGCGCUACAGCUGCUAUCAUCUUCGUAAACAAACACAUCUUCGAAACGCAAUCCCUCCGCCACGCCCAAGUCACCUUUGCCGCCUUCCACUUCGCCGUAACAUCCGCCCUUCUCUUCCUCGUCUCCCGCCCCAGCAUCGCCAUGUUUUCGCCCAAGCGCGUCCACAUCCUCCGCAUCCUGCCCCUGGCUCUGGGCAUGAUCUUCAACGUCGUCCUGCCCAACGCCUCCCUUGCUUACUCCAGCAUCCAGUUCUACCAGAUCAUGCGGGUCCUGGUGACGCCUUGCGUGUGCGCGCUGAACUUUAUGCUGCUGGGGCAGGCGACGCCAAGGGUUGCGGCUGCGACGUUGGUGCCGGUUUGUGUUGGGGUGGGGUUUAUGAGUUAUUUCGAUACUGUGCCGACCGGGGGUGCGCAGACGAGAGGGACGACGCCGUUGGGUGUGGUGUUUGCUUUCGCGGGAGUGUUUGCUACGGCGGUGUAUACGGUUUGGAUCAAGAAGUAUCAUGCUGCGCUGGAGUGUACGAGCAUGCAGUUGCUGCUGAACCAGGCGCAGGUCAGCGUGCUCGCGAUGUUGUACAUUGUCCCUUUCGCGGAUGAUGUGACGGUGUGGCACGAUGUAGGAGGGUCGACCAUUUUGCUGAUACUCUUCGUGAGUACUCCUUCGACCACCCGAUCAGAGACAUACUGA